UGACAGGAGCAGGGGGCGGGGCGAACUGCGGAGCACUCACUCCCCAGCACCAUUCUCUCCGGCGCCAAAGCUGAGCUCUCACUGCACUGACUGCCCUCCCUCACUCGCAGCCCGCCGCCCACAGCACGGGCUCUCAUGGCGCUCUGUAACGGAGACUCCAAGCUGGAUAAAACAGAUGCAGAAGUAAAGGAUGGCCAGCAUCGCUACGAGGGAGCCAUCGUGAUUUUAGAUGCUGGAGCUCAGUAUGGCAAAGUCAUCGAUCGGCGCGUAAGGGAGUUCUUUGUGCAGUCCGAAAUAUUUCCACUAGAAACACCAGCUUUUGCCAUUCGAGAGCAUGGAUUCCGAGCAAUCAUCAUAUCUGGAGGACCAAAUUCUGUUUAUGCAGAGGAUGCACCUUGGUUUGACUCUGCAAUAUUUGCCAUUGGCAAACCUGUCCUUGGAAUAUGCUAUGGCAUGCAGAUGAUGAACAAAGUGUUUGGUGGCACUGUUCAUAAGAAGAAUGUGAGAGAAGAUGGGGUCUUCAAUAUCACUAUUGAUAAUACAUGUUCUCUGUUCCGGGGCCUGCAAAAAGAGGAAGUAGUGCUGCUGACCCAUGGAGACAGUGUAGAUAAAGUGGCUGAUGGCUUUAAAGUUGUUGCACAAUCUGGAAACAUAGUAGCCGGAAUAGCCAACGAAGCCAAAAAGCUUUACGGAGUGCAGUUCCACCCAGAGGUUGGCCUAACAGAAAAUGGCAAAGUAAUGUUAAAAAAUUUCUUGUAUGAUGUUGCUGGCUGUAGUGGGACCUUUACUGUACAAAACCGAGAAAUUGAAUGCAUUCGGGACAUUAAGGAAAAAGUUGGCUCUUCUAAAGUUCUGGUUUUGUUGAGUGGUGGAGUGGAUUCAACGGUAUGCACAGCUCUCCUGAACAAAGCCUUAAAUAAAGAUCAGGUCAUUGCUGUGCAUAUAGACAAUGGAUUCAUGCGGAAAAGGGAGAGUCAGUCAGUGGAGGAAGCUCUCAAAAAGCUGGGAAUCCAAGUCAAAGUUGUGAAUGCAGCACACUCUUUUUACAAUGGAACAACAACAUUGCCAAUAUCAGAUGAAGACCGGACACCACGUAAAAGAAUCAGUAAGACCCUUAACAUGACCACAAACCCUGAAGAGAAAAGAAAGAUUAUUGGGGACACCUUUGUAAAGAUUGCUAAUGAGGUUAUUGGUGAGCUGAACCUAAAGCCUGAAGAAGUCUUUCUCGCACAAGGGACAUUAAGGCCUGAUUUAAUAGAAAGUGCAUCUGCGCUUGUCAGUGUUAAAGCCGAAGUUAUUAAGACCCAUCACAAUGAUACCGAGCUCAUCAGAAAGCUGAGAGAAGAGGGUAAAGUAAUUGAGCCAUUGAAAGACUUUCAUAAAGAUGAAGUCAGAGUGUUGGGUAGAGAACUUGGUUUACCUGAAGAACUUGUCAGCAGACAUCCCUUCCCAGGUCCUGGACUAGCAAUCAGAGUGAUAUGCGCUGAGGAGCCUUACGUCUGUAAAGACUUUCCUGAAACCAAUAACAUAUUAAAAAUAAUUGCAGACUAUUCAGCAAGCGUUAAAAAGCCACAUACCCUUCUACAAAGAGUCAAAGCUUGUACAACUGAAGAGGACCAGGAGAAACUACUGCAAAUUACUAGUCUACAUUCACUGAAUGCCUUUUUGUUGCCUAUAAAAACUGUUGGAGUUCAGGGGGACUGUCGCUCUUAUAGUUAUGUGUGCGGAAUCUCCAGUAAAGAUGCUCCCCAUUGGGAAUCUCUAAUGUACCUGGCUCGUCUCAUACCACGCAUGUGUCAUAAUAUCAACAGAGUUGUUUUUGUGUUUGGGUCACCUGUCAAAGAGCCUCCUACUGAUGUUACUCCUACCUUUUUAACAACAGGAGUGCUUAGUACGUUGCGGCAAGCAGAUUUCGAGGCUCAUAAUAUUCUGAGAGAGUCUGGUUACGCCGGUAAAAUCAGCCAAAUGCCCAUCAUAUUAACACCUCUGCAUUUUGAUCGAGACCCUUUACAAAAACAACCUUCAUGUCAGAGAUCCGUAGUUAUCCGUACAUUUAUCACCAGUGACUUUAUGACCGGCGUUGCAGCAACCCCAGGCAAUGAGAUUCCAGAAGAGGUUGUGUUGAAAAUGGUCACUGAAAUUAAGAAGAUCCCUGGAAUAUCUCGAGUAAUGUAUGACUUGACAUCAAAGCCACCUGGAACUACUGAGUGGGAAUAAUAAACAUUUUCUUGUAAUCUGAUUUGAAAGUACUGUGUCCGGCUUCGAUAAUAUCAGAAACCAUUCCCAGUGUUGACAUGCAGUACUGUUGUUCAAUUGACUGGAGCUGCUACUGUACCUGACGUCUGAUUCCGUUCUCAGAGCCCAAACAUGCAGUAGAAGCGGUGGGGGAUACCUUAACGGGGCAGAGGAUUUGUACGGGUAUUUUAUCAUGGCAGCAUUGCCUGAGAGCAGACACACACUCAUCUUGCUUUGCCGUUUUGUCUUAAGGAUUCUGCCUGAUUUAAUCAGUUUUUUUUUUUUUUUUUUGUUUUUCUUGUUGCGGUCAUA